UGGUCAGGUGGACAACCUCUCCUCCUCUGAUAUUUACAUGUGAACAAAUAAACGGGAUCGUUGUGUUUGUCUGUUGUGUGUCCUUGUUUACUGUAAACAGUCAUGGAGGAUUUCUGGAACGGUUCCUGAUCCUGGAGAGGUUUUUUUUUUCUUUUUCAUUUCUGCUCCUCCAGCAUCUAAAGAACUUCAGAAAAGCUUCAAAUCCCAACGUCUGUUUAAGCCGGAACAUCUCUCCAACUGGAACCCAUUCAGGAAAGAUCAACGGGAUUGGAAGAUGUUUGAGCGGAACGCCGGGCUCUGAGGAGGAAGGCCUGAUCCAUCAUGUCCCCCUAGCUCUGUGCACGUGUGUGCACGAGCAGAGCUAGGGGUGCAUAUACUCAGGAGGUGGUGAACAUCUGAAGUUCUCCUGAGCCUCCAUGUGGAUUCACUUUUACUUUCUGAACAUCAGACUGAAGCAACAAAAUCAUAAACGAGGUUUGAUGACCCGGAGCGGUCAAAGGUCACGUUUAUGGCUUUAUUGUGGGCGGUUCCUGCAGUGAUGUGAAACUCCAGAACAGCUGAUUCAGCUCUUCCCUGUUCUUUCUUUUCCUCUCCGGUCACGCGACGUUUUUUCUUUCGUUUUUAUUGUUUUAUUAGUUGUUUACUUUAAACGAUCCACAAAAGUCCUAAAAGUUUGAUCAAAAGUCUCUCAGUCAUUGGAAUGACGUCACAGCAGCGUGACUGAGGCGCGCGCGCGCUCAGGAGGACGCUUCAUUUGUCCGCGAGGCAGCGGGGAAGGACGGCGCGUGCGAAGCAGGAUCCGGUGGAGAGAGGAAUCCGGAUCUGUGGAUCCACCUCUUCAGACGGGAGCAGGAGGAACUCGGCGGCCUUGGAGGAGGUCCAGGAAAACGCCGCGUUCUUCUGCCUGGGGGGCACAGGGGGGCUGCAGCCAUGCAUCACCUCAGAUCUACAGUUUUACGGCUGCGGCCUCUAACGGCUGCGCAGGCGGCCCAGAGCAGGCUGACGGGACGGGACGGAGCGCCGCCUGCGAGGUUCCUGAAGACCACGGCGGCUCCGGAACCUUCCUUCAGUGGAACCAGCAACAACUAUGUGGAGGAGAUGUACGCGGCGUGGCUGGAGAAUCCCGGGAAUGUUCAUAAGUCCUGGGACGUGUUCUUCCGGAAUGCUACCGCUAAAGCUCCAGCGACCCACCAGACCCCCGGAGCACUGGUGGGGGCUCAGCCCGGCGUGGAGAAGCUGGUGGAGGAUCACCUGGCAGUGCAGUCACUGAUCCGAGCUUACCAGGUACGAGGACAUCACAUGGCCAAGCUGGACCCUCUGGGCAUCAGCUGCGUGGACUUUGAUGACACGCCCUGUCCUGUGGGCCUCCAGAACGUUGGACUAGAUUCCAGCGACAUGGACCGAAUGUUCCGGAUUCCUAAAACCACCUUCAUCGGAGGGAAAGAGAGCGCUCUGACCCUCAGAGAAAUCAUCCGCCGGCUUGAGAUGGCGUACUGUCAGCACAUCGGGGUCGAGUUCAUGUUCAUCAACGACGUGGAGCAAUGCCAGUGGAUCCGGCAGAAGUUUGAGACCCCGGGAAUCAUGCAGUUCACCGUGGAGGAGAAGAGGACUCUGCUGGCCAGAAUGAUCCGAUCCACCAGGUUUGAGGAGUUCCUCCAGAGGAAGUGGUCUUCAGAGAAACGCUUCGGCCUGGAAGGCUGCGAGUCCCUCAUCCCGGCUCUGAAGACCAUCAUCGACAGGUCCAGUCAGAACGGGGUGGAGAGCGUGAUCAUGGGGAUGUCCCACAGAGGUCGGCUGAACGUGUUGGCUAACGUGGUCCGGAAGGACCUGGACCAGAUCUUCUGCCAGUUCGACUCAAAGUUGGAGGCUGCAGACGAGGGUUCUGGAGAUGUGAAAUAUCAUCUGGGAAUGUAUCACAAGCGGAUGAACCGGGUCAGUGACAAGCAGAUCACAAUCUCUCUCAUGGCUAACCCGUCCCACCUGGAGGCCGUGGACCCCGUGGUUCAGGGGAAGACCAAGGCCGAGCAGUUCUACUCCGGAGACUCUGAAGGCAAGAAGGUGAUGUCGAUUCUUCUUCACGGCGAUGCUGCAUUUGCAGGUCAGGGCGUCGUGUACGAGACCUUUCACCUGUCGGAUCUACCAUCAUACACCACCCACGGCACCAUCCACGUGGUGGUCAACAACCAGAUCGGGUUCACCACAGAUCCCAGGAUGGCGCGUUCGUCUCCCUACCCCACAGACGUCGCUCGAGUGGUCAACGCCCCCAUCUUUCAUGUCAACGGGGACGACCCAGAAGCUGUGAUGUACGUGUGUGGCGUGGCGGCCGACUGGAGGAACACGUUCCACAAAGAUGUGGUGAUAGAUCUGGUGUGCUACCGUCGAAACGGACAUAACGAGAUGGACGAGCCCAUGUUCACGCAGCCGCUCAUGUACAAGCAGAUCAAGAAGCAGAAGGGAGUCCUGCAAAAGUUUGCUGAGAAGCUCAUCGCUGAAGGAGUCGUGACGACGCCGGAGUACGAGGAACAAAUUGCAGCAUACGACAAAAUCUGUGAGGACGCCUUUGCUCACUCCAAAGAUGAGAAGAUCCUGCACAUCAAGCACUGGCUGGACUCUCCGUGGCCGGAAUUUUUCACACUUGAUGGUCAGCCGAGAACCAUGAGCUGCCCUUCCACCGGCAUCAGCGAAGACGAGCUUCGCCACAUCGGAAACAUCGCCGCCUCCGUCCCGGUGGAAGACUUCACCAUACACGGAGGCCUGAGUCGGGUCCUGAAGGGGCGAUCAAACAUGGUGGCCCAGCGGGUGUGCGACUGGGCGCUCGCCGAGUACAUGGCGUUCGGCUCUUUGCUCAAACAGGGGGUCCACGUGCGGCUCAGUGGGCAGGACGUGGAGAGGGGCACGUUCAGCCACCGGCACCACGUUCUUCACGACCAGAACGUGGACAAGAGGACCUGCGUCCCGAUGAACUUCAUCAGCCCCGACCAGGCUCCCUACACCGUCUGCAACAGCCCGCUGUCCGAGUACAGCGUGCUGGGCUUCGAGCUCGGCUUUGCCAUGACCAGCCCCAACGCGCUGGUUCUGUGGGAGGCCCAGUUUGGAGACUUUAACAACACGGCCCAGUGCAUCAUCGACCAGUUCAUCAGCUCGGGUCAGACCAAGUGGGUCCGGCAGAACGGGAUCGUUCUUCUGCUUCCUCAUGGUCUGGAGGGGAUGGGUCCAGAACACUCGUCUGGCCGACCCGAGCGGUUCCUGCAGAUGUGCAACGACGACCCGGAUGUUUUCCCCAGCCUUUCGGAGGACUUGGCGGUGCAUCAGCUGUACGACUGUAACUGGAUCGUGGUGAACUGCUCCACGCCUGCGAACUACUUCCACGUCCUGCGCCGGCAGAUGCUGCUGUCCUUCAGGAAGCCAUUGGUGAUCUUUACGCCGAAGUCACUGCUGCGGCACGCCGAGGCCAAGUCCAGCUUUGACGCCAUGCUGCCGGGGACGCACUUCCAGCGCGUCAUCGCGGACGACGGGCCGGCGGGCGCCAGGCCGGAGAGCGUGAGGAGGGUGGUCCUCUGCACUGGAAAGAUUUACUACGACCUGACGCGAGAACGCCGGGACAGAGGAUUGGAGGAGGAAGUAGCCGUCAUACGAAUCGAGCAGCUUUCCCCGUUCCCCUUCGAUCUGGUGAAGUCAGAAUUGGAUCGAUUCUCAAAAGCUGAGCUGGUCUGGUGUCAGGAAGAACACAAGAACCAGGGUUACUACGACUACGUCAAGCCCCGCAUCCGGACCACCGUGGGGCGCCGCCGGCCCGUCUGGUACGCGGGUCGUGAACCGGCAGCAGCUCCGGCCACCGGAAACAAGCAGGCCCACGCCGGCGAGCUGCAGCGUCUGCUGGACGCCGCACUCGACCUCGACAGCUUUUCUAGGAGAUUUUGACCUCACAUCUGACCUCUGACCUUUAGACAAAAUGCACAACUUUAUGAGCUUUAGCUUGAAGGUCUCCUGUGCAGUUUAAAAGAAGAAAAUGUUUUGUUUUAGUCAAAUCGGUUUAAUUUAUGAGGUCGAAUCAGGAACAGAAUAAAGUGAAUGAAAUGUCAACUUUAAACUCAAAACUUGAAAGAAAAAUUGAAAAUCUAAUAUUUAAAAUUGUAGAGAUUUAAACAGAGAACUUCAUUAAAAACUACAAACCUAAAGCUAUUUUUUAACAGCUCCUGCUUUGUAUUUUCAAACUAAUUGGGGCCACUUUUUACUUCCUGCCCCUGAUGAUGUCAUUGUGACCCCUGUCACCUGAUGUCAAUCAUCUCCUGGUAGCCUAUGGGUUUCAAACCCCGCCCCCUCACAACAUAUGAUGAACUCCGAAAACUCUAAAAAAAGAAAAUAAUAAAAGUUAAAAAAAUACUGAAACAGCAGAUGUCAAUAACAAACAAUUUUAUUUAGAUAGUUAUUUAAUUGUUCUUUAUUUCAAAUGAUCAAGCUGAUCCAAAUGUGACCUCAUUAUAAGAAAAAUAAUUUAAUAAAAAUAUGAGAAAGAAAUUACAAUUUUACAAGACUAAAAUAAUACAUUUAUGGUUUAAAUAGUCAUAUUUUAUAAGGAAAAAGUCUUAAAAAAAAAAAAGUUAUACUUUAGAAAAAAAAAGACUCUUACACCUGGUUCACUCCGGACACGGAAGCGUCGCAGUAUGGAGGCUGCUUCCAUUUGGCGCCCUUGUUAAGAUUUAGAUAUGUAUAUAUAUGUAUAUGUAUAUGGUGUAUAUAUAUAUAUAUAUGUAUAUAUACACCAUAUACACAUACAUAUAUAUACAUAUAUAUGUAUGUGUAUAUGGUGUGGUUCUCACCGGGUGCGGAGCACCACGAUCCUCCGCGGAGGGCUCCCGCCGGGCAGCGGAUUAAACCACAUCAACUCUGACAGGAAGUUUCAUCAAGUUAUAUGACAAAAUCUCAUUUAUUUUCAAAACAUGACAUUUUUCCACAAUAAAACACUGUUAUUGA